GCGGGGCGGGUUUUUCUUUGCGUCUGCAAGAUGGCGGCUCCCAACGCGCUGCUGAAAGCGUGGAGUCACCGGCUGAGUUGCGGGGUUCCUGGACGCAGGAGUUUCUGGGGGGGGAAGAAGAAACAAGAUCAGUCAACAGCAGUAGAACCCGUGAAAGAAGUUUGCCCUGUGAUAGACGUUUGCCCUCCACCACGAAGUAAAAAAUACACUCCCCCUGAAUAUCUCCAGAAUCACCUAGAAUCUCGCGUGAGAGAGAUUUGGGGAUCCUCAGUUUCGAGUGACUGGCAGAGGACAUCACUAGCAGACAUCGGUUUAAAGUAUCAGCUAUUGGCACAAAUGGCAGCAGAUGUGGACCACACAGUCCCCAACAACCAGCUCCAUCAAAUGAAGAGUGUGGGAGACGUCUUGGAUUUCUACAGUACACCUGUAAAAGACAUUUCAAAGUUAGAUGAAUUGAGCAUGCAAGAGCUUCCAUCGAAUCUGAAGAUCAAUUGGGAGUAAGAGUCAAAGUACUGAUGUCAUUUGUCCUCGGUAAAACAGCAUCAGUAUAACAAGGAGAUAAAGCUUGGUUUUGUUUUCCCAAGUUUCCAAAUAAUGCUUCUUACCUCCCUGCAAAUAAUAUUAAUACAUUCAAGCAAAUAAUUCAUGCAUGCCUUUUUUUUUUUUGAGACAAAGAACUCGAGAGGGUGUUUUUUUUCCCCCAGGCUGUUCUUCAUCAGAGGAGACUGUGAAUAUCAAAAUGAGUCACCAGAAAAUAUUUGAGAUUUGGUUUUCCUCUUCUUCCUUUUACCCUCAUUUAUCCUGUAUUUGUUAAUCAAGAAAAGUUCUUACGUUGAUCAUAAAUAAACUGGGGUUGAGGCAGCAAUUAAUUUAGUCUAUUAAACAUUGGAGACCUCUCUCUCAGAUAGCAAACCUGUUAAUUGAAUAGGAAGGAUAUAUUCAUCAUCUUAAUAUAAGACAACUCUGAAUCCUGUUUUUUUUUUAAUCUACAUCAAUGAAUUUUGUUUGCUGUAUUCAGUAUAAAAGUAACAAGAUAAUAAAGAGGACAGAUUUCCUGUUAGGACAUAAAAAUAGUGGGAAUCUCAUGUAAAAAAUUAAAGUUCUCUAUUACAAGAGAAUAU